CGCCCGCGCCCGCGGCAAUGGCAGGCGGCGUGGUGGUGAACGCGGCCGGGGGCAAGACGUACCCCGGCCGCAUGACGCCGUUCGUGUUCUUCACCUGCCUGGUGGCGUCAUCGGGCGGCCUCAUCUUCGGGUACGACAUCGGCAUCUCCGGCGGUGUCACGUCCAUGGCGUCGUUCCUCAAGGAGUUCUUCCCCUCCGUGUACGCCAAGGCGGCGGCGAACAAGGACACGAACCAGUACUGCAAGUUCGACAGCCAGCUGCUGACGCUGUUCACGUCGUCGCUGUACCUGGCGGCGCUGGCGACGUCGUUCGUGGCGGCGUCCGUGACGCGGGUGUUCGGGCGCAAGUGGUCCAUGUUCUGCGGCGGGGUGACCUUCCUGGCCGGGUCGGCGCUGAACGGCGCCGCCACCGACGUGAUGAUGCUCAUCAUGGGCCGCAUCCUGCUGGGCGUGGGCGUCGGCUUCGCCAACCAGUCGGUGCCGCUGUACCUGUCGGAGAUGGCGCCGGCGAAGCUGCGCGGCAUGCUCAACAUCGGGUUCCAGCUGAUGACCACCAUCGGCAUCCUGGCGGCGAACCUGAUCAACUUCUGGACGGCGGGCAUCGAGGGCGGGUGGGGCUGGCGCAUCGGGCUGGGGCUCGCGGGCGUGCCGGCGCUCAUCAUCACCCUGGGCGCGCUGGUGCUCCCCGACACGCCCAACUCCCUUAUCGCCCGCGGGUUCAACGACGACGCCAAGGCGGUGCUGGUGAAGAUCCGCGGCACGGACGACGUGCAGGACGAGUACGACGACAUGGUGGCGGCGAGCGAGGAGGCGAACGCCAUCGAGCACCCGUGGCGCAACAUCCUGGAGCGCAGGUACCGGCCGCAGCUGACGGUGGCAGCGCUGAUCCCCUUCUUCCAGCAGCUGACGGGCAUCAACGUGAUCAUGUUCUACGCGCCGGUGCUGUUCCUGACCAUCGGCUUCGGCGACGACGCGUCGCUGAUGGCGGCCGUCAUCACGGGGCUGGUCAACAUGUUCGCCACCGUGGUGUCCAUCGUGUGCGUGGACCGCCUGGGCCGGCGCGCGCUGUUCCUGCAGGGCGGUACGCAGAUGUUCGUCUCCCAGAUCGUGGUGGGCACGCUGAUCGCGCUCCAGUUCGGCACCGCCGGCGUGGGCGAGAUGUCCCGCUCCAACGCCUGGCUGCUGGUGCUCUUCAUCUGCCUCUACGUCGCCGGGUUCGCCUGGUCGUGGGGGCCGCUGGGCUGGCUCGUCCCCUCGGAGGUGUUCGCGCUGGAGGUCCGGUCGGCGGGGCAGAGCAUCGCCGUGUGCGUCAACAUGCUGCUCACCUUCAUCAUCGGCCAGGCCUUCCUCAGCAUGCUGUGCUCGCUCAAGUUCGGGCUCUUCUACUUCUUCGCCGGGUGGAUGUUCAUCAUGACCACCUUCAUCGCCCUCUUCCUGCCGGAGACCAAGGGGGUGCCCAUCGAGGAGAUGAACCUCGUCUGGAGCCGCCACUGGUUCUGGGGCAAGUACGUCAACGUCGACACACAACACGGCGGCGCCAGCCCGAGAUCCAACGGCGUCUGAUCUGAGCAAGCUGCAGCAACACCUCGGCACCUGACCUGGCCAUGCAUGCACACGUAUACUAUAAUCUAACAACGUAGCUGACCUGGGCAAAUUGCCAGCCUGACAGGGCCAGGGUGCUCGAAUGUCUCACUCUCACCGCCGACUAACUUUCCAUCAAAAUUGAUUCUUGUUCAUACUCCAUAGCAUGCACAGAUUGAUUGAACUGCUACUUGAGAUUCUUGUCAUUGUUAUUAGAGAGAGAGACAGAGACAGAACGAUUGGCAUAGCAUGCAGAAUUGUUUGGAAGAAGCUAGCAAAGCAGUUCCUUGUUUGUAUCCUCUGUACCAGAAGAUGAGUUUGAUCUAGGAUUAAUCCCUGCAAGGCAAGGUAAAGUAAAUUCAUGUUGUACUCAAAACUAACUUCUCCCAUAUCUGUACGUCGUAUAAAACAAAUCCCUGCAAUGUGCAAAGAUUGUCCCGCGUAGUGAUUUUUUCGUCUCCAGCAAGAUCUCAAACAAGCCCCAAAUCUAAGUGUAACAUGUUUGCAUUUGAAUUAAAAAAUUGAAUCCCUUAUUGUG